AUGUCUUUAGACAGCCAAUCCGGAAUCCAUGGAUCCAUGAAAAAUCAUAUAUCAAAUGAGAAAAAUCAGGUAUGA